AUGGCAUUCGGCGGACCCCCGCGUGGUCGUGGUGGCGGUGGACGAGGAGGACCUUCCAGAGGAGGCGCAAGAGGUGGUGGCCGAGGCGGUGGCAGAGGUGGUUUCGGUGAUCGAGGUGGCCGAGGCGGUGGCCGUGGUGCUCCUCGCGGAGGAAGAGGUGGCGGCGGUCGUGGCGGACGCGGUGGUGCCAGAGGCGGCAAGCCUGGUGUUAAGGGAGGAGCCAAAGUCAUAAUCGAACCUCACCGACAUCCUGGCGUCUUUGUUGCCCGUGGCGGCAAGGAAGAUCUCUUGGUCACCAAGAACUUGACUCCCGGCGAGUCGGUCUAUGGCGAAAAGCGCAUCAGUGUUGACUCCCCCGAGACCCCGGCCGUGGAUGGCGACAGCUCCGCGCCAGCUACCAAGACCGAAUACAGAGUGUGGAACCCUUUCCGUUCCAAGUUGGCAGCUGGUAUUUUGGGAGGUCUGGAUGAUAUCUUCAUUCGACCUGGCGCCAGUGUGCUGUACUUGGGUGCUGCAUCGGGAACAUCCGUGUCCCAUGUUGCUGAUAUCGUUGGGCCUACUGGACGUGUCUACGCCGUCGAAUUCUCGCACCGAUCAGGCCGUGAUUUGAUCACCAUGGCCACGCACCGUACGAACGUCAUCCCGAUCAUUGAAGAUGCCAGACAUCCUCUUCGUUACCGCAUGUUGGUCGGCAUGGUGGACGUCAUUUUCGCCGACGUCGCCCAACCGGAUCAAGCACGUAUUGUCGGUCUCAAUGCCCACUUGUUCCUGAAGGUCGGCGGUGGAGUUUUGGUCUCGAUCAAGGCCAACUGUAUCGAUUCGACUGCCAAGCCCGAGGUUGUAUUCGCCAAUGAAGUCAAGAAGAUGCGGGAAGAGCGGAUUAAGCCCAAGGAACAACUGACUCUGGAACCCUUUGAGCGUGACCACUGCAUUGUUGCCGGUAUCUAUCAGCAUAGCGCACAGUAA